GCCCCGCGGGGGUGACCACGUGACCCCGCCGCCAUCUUUCUUCCUGGCGCAGAGUCCGGGCGGCGGCGUCCGCGCCCCAUUUGCGCAGGCGCUUGCGAGGCGCGCGGCUCGUCGUCCCGAUCCGGUACUUCUCAGGUCCGGCCGCGCGUGGCGUCCGCGCUGGCGGCGAAGAUGCUGGCGGCGAAGAGGCUGGCGUCCGCCCUGGGCCCCCUGCUCCGGCCGCGGCCCCCCCCGGCCGUGCCCCGCGCGCUCUCCACGCUCCUGCCCGGACGCCCUGGCGCUGCGGGGGCCGCGGGGCUGCCCGGCCGCCUGCUGCCCGCGCUGGGGCCGCCCGGCCGCCUGCUGCCCGCGCUGGGGCCGCCCGGCCUGCCGCCCGCGCUGGGGUUCAAGACCAAGGGCGUCAUCCGGGAGCGCUGCCGGGACUGCUACCGGGUGAAGAGGCGCGGCCGCUGGUUCAUCUACUGCCGCGCGAACCCCAAGCACAAGCAGAGGCAGAUGUAGCCGCGGCGUCCCCUCCCGCAGGGCCCCAGCGGGGACCGACAAUAAAACGUGAACUCGCGCGCUC